GUUUUUUUCGUUCCCCUGAUCUGUAACACCGACUCUUUUGCUGCAGCUCUGUAGCUGUUUGGACAGCUUCCGAAGAAACUUGAUGUGUGAAAAAUAAUGUAAUGAAAAGCUUCCAGAGAAUGCAUAGAUAUUGAUAGCAAAAUGACAGGUUUUAUUUGUUUUAAGCUUUGUGUAGGUUGUGAGCAAGAAGAGUUGUAAGGUUAUUUGGGUUUAUAUUAUUUUUUGACGUGCCUAAUGCAAGUUAAACAACUUACUGGCAUUUUCUGUUCAAAUCGAUACUAUUUUUGUUGGAAGAGGAGACUAUCUAGGACUACCAAGUCUGCUUGCAGAUUCUGGGGGAUUUUGCACUGGUAUGAAGCCCAAUGUGGUCCUUUGAUUAGCCCCUGCUGCUUUCACCUACGAGAGGAGAACUGAGCCAUUGGGAAGGAGUCUGACGCUGGUACUGCAAUGUGGAGCUCGAGCUCAGCCACUGUGAAGAGCCUUCCUUUGAAGAAGAGGCUCUGUUUCCUGCUGAAACUCAUUUGCUUUGUCAUCUCAGUGUUAAUAUUUUGUGAAUUUUUAAUUUAUUAUGUGGUAAUUUUUCAAUGUCAAUGGCCAGAAGUGAAAGGUGGAGCUCACACAGGUAAAAAGGCUUCAACUUCAGUCCUGAAGGCCAUGAUUUUAGCUGAUACUCACCUGCUUGGUGAAAUCAAAGGACAUUGGCUGGACAAGCUAAGAAGGGAAUGGCAAAUGGAGAGAUCUUUCCAAACUGCCUUAUGGUUACUGCAGCCAGAUAUUGUUUUUAUUCUGGGAGAUGUCUUUGAUGAAGGAAAAUGGAGCUUACCUCAGGCUUGGGAGGAUGAUGUCAGGAGAUUUCGGAAAAUGUUUAAGUGCCCAGUUUCUACUGAGCUGGUGGUUAUCGUUGGGAAUCACGACAUUGGGUUUCAUUACGAAAUGACUACUUACAAGGUAAAUCGAUUUGAAAAGGUUUUCAACUUUACUUCAGGAAAGCUAAUAACCCGAAAAGGAAUAAACUUUGUCCUGGUGAACAGCGUGGCCAUGGAGGGGGAUGGCUGUGCUCUCUGCCGAACUGCAGAGGCAAAGCUGGUGGCACUUUCUCACAAACUGAAUUGCUCCCGGCAGACACCGAAUCAUUCCAACAAAAGAUGCAGUGAUGUGGAAAAGCUUCCAGCUUCAGAAGCCAUCCUUCUACAGCAUUACCCUCUCUAUCGGAAAAGUGAUGCCAAAUGCAGUGGAGAAGAUUCUGCUCCUCCAGAGGAGAAGAACAUCCCAUUUAAAGAAAAGUAUGAUGUGCUGUCUCAAGAAGCAUCACAAAAGCUGAUGUGGUGGUUUCAUCCCCGUUUGAUUCUCAGUGGGCAUACGCAUAGUGCUUGUGAAGUGCUGCACAUGGGGAAAAUUCCAGAAAUCAGCGUCCCGUCAUUCAGUUGGAGGAAUAGAAACAAUCCUAGUUUCAUCAUGGGCAGCAUAACACCAACUGACUUCUCCCUCCAAAAAUGCUUCCUUCCGUACGAGAGCAGAGUCUUUACUAUAUACUGUGCAGCAGGUGCUCUGCUUGUAAUCCUGAUACUAGCUCAUUUUCAGCUUCUCACUCCACCAUUUUAUUUUGCUCAGCGUUUAAUCAGUAAGCAUAAAGCAGUAUGAAGAGCCAGACAUCUGCAUUCAGUCACUGAAAUACCAAAGCUGAGAACAGUCAAACAUCAGACUAUAUUCAUGCCAGCAAAUGACCUAAUUUGAUUGCUAGUCUGAAGGCAGGUUGCAUUUACACAUACCAUAGAAGUCCUAUACAGCUGAUAUGACUACUACAGGAUAAAUAAUUAACUGAAAUGAACGUUUCAUGCUGUACAAAAAUACUGUAUUCUACAAUCAAAUGAGUCCUUUUCCUGCUAUAAUUUUUUUUUUGUAUCAAAUAUGUAUAUUAAAAGUGUAACUGUACAUUAUGUAAAUCCUAUAGCCUCAUCACUUCUCUGUGCUAGUGUCUUACCCUGGUGGAGGCUCAGUCCUGCAAACUGGAAACGUUUUUUCUGUUUUAUUGCUGCAUGGCCCUUCUAAUGUCAUACUUCUGUUUGUGAGGGUCAGGCAGAAACUAGAUACCUCAGCACUGAGAGAUGCGGAUCUCCGUAACCUUUUUUAGGCCGUCAUAUGUGAGGGACUGUGGUUUGGGACAAGAAAUCUUCCAGUUCCCGACACAUUAACUUAUCAGCUGACUACGACUGGCGGUUAUCGUCUACCAGACAACAACGGGAAGAAGCUUGUGGAUCCAGUUUGCUGAUAAGCACUUGAAACCUGCUUAAAAAAAAUAAUUAGGGUGACACCUCAAGCUGCUAUUUUUAGAAAGAUGUGCUAUGAUGAGCUAAAAAAAAAAAAAAAAAAAAAGAGGGCCCUAUUGCAUCCCAGAGAUCUGUGUGGUGAGGGGCCCUCCAGUUGCCGAUCUUCUGCAAGAAGGAAGGUCAAAUACAGCUGCAGUAACAUCACCCUGUGCCUCGGCCCUGGAGAGGGAUGGGGUUAGGUUCCUGCGGGGCCCACGAGGUCUGUUCACCUACAGGAGAGUCACGUUUGACCCACACUAGCUCUGCCCUGGGGAGGCCCCCCCGGGAGGCAGGACGGAGGGUGUAAAAUCCCGCAAGGGAGGAUGCCCCAACCCUACAGCUGCUCCCACCCGCCCCACAACACCCCCAGGGAUGACCUCACGCCAGGCCUGGGGCUUGUUUUUAAAGAAAAGACUCCCUGUUGUUGCUCGCUCUACUACUUUCUUUGGCAUGGGAAGUGAGAGAAUCUCUGCAUUUGGGAAUUUUGUUUAUUAUUAGCUUAUUCCACCCAGCCUGUCACUUUCUGGGAAACAGCUGAUGACUAAAUCGAACACAGGGAUAUCAAAGUCGACAAGUUUUUGGGAAGAGGAAAUGGUCAUGUUACAGUAUCUAAGAGGGGACUGUUUAUUGUCAAAUAGAAACACGGUCUCAAUUCCUCUGUAAUCUGAAUUUAAAAAGAUGACUGACAGGGGUUUGUAACUAGUAACGAUGCUUAAAAAGUUAAUCAAACUUGCUGAUUUAUAUGCCAAUGUGGGGAAUGUGUUAGCUCUUUAUCUCUCCCUAAAUUUAAAGUGAAGUGAGGGGAGAAUGGUCCAAAGUGUGGUAAAACACUCUAUAAAGUAAUGUAGUCUAACACUUUUCUAGGUUUCUGUUAUUGCAACUGUAAUUUUAGACAUUUGUACAGGUUAUCUUGGACACAGGAAAAGUAUAUAGUCACAGACAUAAAACACCUAUGUAUAAAAUAUAAAGCAGUGUUAUAGUUACUAAAAAGGACAUGCCUUAUUGCUACAGCAAUUCUUGCUUUUUAUAUAUUGUACUGUACCACAACUUGUUUUGAGAAUGUCAUUUGCAUAAAUUAUUCAAGUUUGAGAAAUAUUCACACAUUUUGAUUCUACAAUAUUUAAAAUAAAACAAUUUUCUAAUGUGUCUCUUUAUUAAAAGAGAAAUAAAAAUGUCAUCUUGUAAUUCUCUUAGGCCAGA